GGGCUCCAGAGCGCCGGCCCCGAAUAAAGGCGGCGCGCUUGGCCGAGGCUCUUAGCCUGCCGACGAGUCAUUCCCGCCGCUCAGCGAAGCUCCCAGCCGAGACGCCCGCAGCCCCAGGACGCCCAGCCCGCCGGCACGAUGCCGAAAACGAUCAGCGUGCGAGUGACCACCAUGGAUGCUGAGUUGGAAUUUGCCAUCCAGCCCAAUACAACGGGGAAGCAGCUGUUUGACCAGGUGGUGAAAACAAUCGGCCUGCGAGAAGUUUGGUUCUUUGGACUCCAGUACCAGGACACCAAGGGCUUCUCAACAUGGCUGAAAUUAAAUAAAAAGGUGACAGCUCAGGAUGUGCGCAAAGAGAGCCCGCUGCUCUUCAAAUUCCGGGCCAAAUUCUACCCAGAGGAUGUUGCAGAGGAGCUGAUCCAAGACAUCACGCAGCGCCUCUUCUUCCUCCAAGUGAAGGAGGCCAUCUUGAACGAUGACAUCUACUGUCCUCCAGAGACGGCGGUUCUCUUGGCUUCUUACGCGGUCCAGUCCAAAUAUGGGGACUUUAAUAAGGAGGUUCAUAAGCCCGGCUAUCUAACAACUGACAAACUGCUUCCUCAAAGAGUUUUGGAACAGCAUAAGCUUAACAAGGAUCAGUGGGAAGAAAGAAUCCAGGUGUGGCAUGAGGAACAUCGGGGGAUGCUCAGAGAAGACGCCAUCUUAGAAUAUCUAAAAAUUGCACAAGAUCUGGAGAUGUAUGGUGUGAACUACUUUAGUAUUAAGAACAAGAAAGGCUCAGAACUCUGGUUAGGAGUAGAUGCUCUUGGACUCAACAUUUAUGAACAGAACGACCGGCUAACACCCAAAAUUGGCUUCCCCUGGAGUGAGAUCCGUAACAUUUCCUUCAAUGACAAGAAGUUUGUCAUCAAGCCCAUUGACAAGAAAGCCCCAGAUUUUGUCUUCUAUGCUCCCCGGCUAAGGAUUAACAAGCGCAUUCUGGCUCUGUGCAUGGGGAACCAUGAGCUUUACAUGCGCAGGCGUAAGCCGGACACCAUUGAGGUUCAGCAGAUGAAGGCUCAGGCCCGAGAGGAGAAGCAUCAAAAGCAGAUGGAGAGGGCUUUGCUGGAGAACGAGAAGAAGAAGAGGGAGAUGGCCGAGAAGGAGAAGGAAAAGAUUGAACGGGAGAAAGAAGAGCUUAUGGAGAAGCUCCGGCAAAUUGAGGAGCAAACAAAGAAAGCUCAGCAAGAGCUGGAGGAGCAAACGCGCAGGGCACUGGAGCUGGAGCAGGAAAGGAAGCGAGCUCAGGAGGAGGCAGAGAAGCUGGCCAAGGAGCGGCAGGAAGCCGAAGAAGCCAAGGAAGCCUUGUUGAAAGCCUCCAAUGAUCAGAAGAAGACCCAGGAGCAGCUGACCACCGAGAUGUUGGAGCUCACCACCCGGAUCUCGCAGCUGGAAUGUGCGCAACAGAAGAAGGAGAGCGAGGCAAUGCUGUGGCAGCAGAAAGCCCAGUUGGUUCAAGAGGACUUGGAGAGGACCAAGGAGGAGCUGAAGUCUGUCACCACCACUUCACACGUGUCUGAGCCCAUGCAGUCGGAGAACGAGCACGAUGACGAGCAGGACGAGAAUGCAGCAGAGGCUAGUGCAGAACUGCGGGCACACGCCUCCAUCAAGGACCGCAGUGAGGAACAGCGCACCACCGAGGCAGAGAAGAACGUGCGGGUUCAGAAGCACCUGAAGGCUCUCACCUCUGAGUUGGCCAAUGCGCGGGAUGACACCAAAAAGACGAGCAACGACAUGAUCCACGCAGAGAACAUGCGGCAAGGCCGUGACAAGUACAAGACACUCCGCCAGAUCCGUCAGGGCAACACCAAGCAGCGCAUUGAUGAAUUUGAGUCCAUGUAGUCAUUCCUGCCUCUGCUGUACCUCCCCCCUCUUCUGCCCUCCCCCUUCCCCCCAUGCAAAUUUGCGAUGCUGGAACCAUCCACUACAGGAGAGUGAAUAGAUCGGCCUCCUGGGCUGGUGUUCAUAAUAGGACCAAAAAAAAAAGCAAAAAGGAAGAAAAAGCAAAAGUCAGUUGUGCCUUAUUAUUAUUGCAGUUUUCCAGCCGCCUUCCCCUGUGUAGCAGGGCUGAUGAGCUUAUGUAUCCCAAUGCUUUUGAUUGCUUAGAAGAAAAAUAUUAGUGCUGCUGCCGCCAGCACCACUAAGCUGCCAGUGGAGCUGCUGCCUAAUCAUGGACCGCUUCCCCCUCCUAAGCGCCUUUGCCGGGCUCUAGAGGGGCAUGGCCUUGCUGUGUCCUAAUUCCUGCUGAAGUCCCUGCCAGAGCUUUUGGUCCUCCAGGUAGAUGCCCUACUUGGGAAGAGGAUGUUGUGGAGAAGGGAAGGAAGCAUCCAAGGGCGAUGGCUAGAAUGUGCCUUCUUCCCCUCUUGGCGCCAAAGAUCAAACCUCUGAGCAGACUAAGCCAGUCCCUCGGGUCUCCUUACGUUCUCCAAGUGCUCCUUACUGAGACUGUUGAACAAAAUUGGAUGCUCCUUCCCUUCUUCCGAGUAGAUUUGCUACAGAACCCUUGUUUUCCCAAAAGGAAAGAAAGGUUUGGCCAGGGAGCGGUCGUCAUUCAUUCUGCCAACCUUGUCAAAACAUUUCAGAGAGAGGUUUUUGGGUCAGCCGGAAACCUCAAGCGGUGCGGCUGCAAAACUACACCCCUCAGCCUUUUAAGGCGUGCCUCCCAUGGGCCUGGGCCCACAGACAUGCCUGAAGGUGCCUUAACGCCACUCCCUUUCCCUCCUCUUAGUUGUGUAACGUUUUACAAAAGUCUUCUUAGUUCCAGCAAUGCAAAACCAAAAAUACUUUACACAAAGAUGCAUUUUGUGUGUUAAUCUCCCAUGUUGCCAGCCAUUCUACUGUUAGGAAGGUGAGGUUUGGUUCUGGAAAAGUGCCACUUCUGCUGCUUUCUUUUCUGUUGGAAGGGCUCCCGUUGCCAGACCCCGUCCCCCUGGGGGCCUGCAGGUCUUUGGCCUCACCGGACCAUUGAAGGGUCUCAUUGAAGUGGUUGAGCCGCUUGGCUCUUUGAAAGGAGCUUCUCUUUUUGAAUUGUCCUGGGACUCUUCCCAUGGAUGUGGAAGGGUCAGAGAUGAGUCUGGGGUCUUCUGCCUCCUCUCCCAAACUUAUAAAUGGCUUCCUCUGCAGGAAAGCUCCCACCCAUCAUCCCCCAAAGCCCCCUUUGCUUAGCACCCUUCAAGUCUUUUCCUACACUUUUGGCCUUUUUCUGCCUUCCUCCUGCACACAAACACACACAUGCACACAUGCACACGUGCACUGCCCCCACACACAUGCGCACACACCCCGAUCCCAGCUUGCAUUUACCCAGAAAGUAUUAUUCUGAAACAGCACCACAACUCCAAAAGCAAAUUGUACUGGGUGUAAGGCUGGCCAAAGUCAAGUCCAUGAAGGGUGGUGAGAAGAAACUGCCCCACAAUUGUCAAUUGUCCCAAAGCCCCACCCGAAGCCCCUUGGGCCUUGAGGCAGUGCCGGAUGACCUGCCCCUUGCAGCCAGAGGGGCCUCGGCUUAAGCAGCCCAAGGUUUCCAAAGAAAUACCCUGCAGAAUUUCCCCCUCCUCCUCUCUUCUUCCCCUUCCUUCUUCCGAUUCCACGUGCCUUUGGGAAGGGAUGGAUGAGAGGGUGGAGACAACCAUCUCUCCCCCCCCCCCGCCGAAAUACACAACGCCAUGGCUUUGAACCAUUUCCUAAAAAUUACUCGUUGAGGUGAUUUCCGUUCCUCUGAGUCAGCAUUAAAACUUAUGGUGCUGACUUUUGUUUUCCGGGCCCUCCUGUAAACUCGGCCUGUUUGGAUUUCCUUUCUUUGCCCCUGCAAGAAUGCCUCCCAGGUGGUUUCUGCCUCGCCCCAGGCACUGUGGGGCUGCCGGGCAUCCAGUCGCUUCCAGGACAGGCAGCCGCCCACUGGGGGAGGCUGUGAGUUCGCCCCUCCUCCUCCUCCUCAGUAGUUGGUUCAGCUCUUCCCUGUUUUUAACCAGUAUUAUGUACUCCAGUGACAAUGGUAUUGAUUUCAUGCUCUUUUCUAGCUAUGCAUGAUUAGAAAAUAUUAAUCUCAGAAGUGUUGAGGGGGAAGCAACUCUGUUCUCCCUUCCUAGAAAAUGUAUACUGUGUUGUAAAGAGAUGAUAUUUUGCAGAAAUUAAUGUAAGUUGCAUUCAGUAUUACAAUGAGAGUUUUAGAUUUUUUUUAAUUAUUGGGUUAGAAAAGACGGAGGCUUUUUUCUCCCUCUCCGCUCCCCCCCUCCUCCUGUCUGUUUACUGCUACAACUGGGUAUGUGCUAUGCCUCUGGGGGAGGGAGUUUGCCCAAUUAAUCAUCUUUUUUUUUGUCUGGCUUUAUAUUUGUGUUACAGAAUUUUUGCUGUAAAUUAUGUCGUCUUCUUUAUUUUUGACCAUCCUUUUUACAUGUAAUGUCGAAGCACCAGCCUUCUCAGGGGAGGGUCUGCAAGGCGGCCUGUGGGGGGAAGCGGAGACCCCCCAGCACUUGCUACUGUCCGAGGUGUUUGACUUGAUUCCCCCCCCCCUCUCUUUGUAUCAGUGCCAAUAAAGUUUAGACAAGGCAGCUGC